CAGUCCUGCUAAAACAAAGAUACAUGGAAUCAACAGCUUCGUCAAUACCCCAACAGCAACAAGGACAGUUCGUGGCUAAUGUUGAGCCUAUGUCAAGCAGUUCUUCAGGGUCUAUCGGGCCAUUCUUUGCCGUUAUAUCAGUCCUAGCAAUUCUUACCAUAGUUUCUUGUGUGGUGGGGAGAAUAUGCAGCAGGCGCGAUGCAAUAACACCAUUGGAUAGUAUCAAGCAUGGAGGGUGUUGGGGAUGGGUGAAGGGAAGGUGCUGGCGGGUGAAUGAUAUUGAUGAGGCACAAGCAUGAAAAGUAGAUGGAAUGGUAAUCUUGAUUUUGUACUGAGAUUGAUUCCUGUGCGAAUGAAUUUCUAUUUAUAAAAAUCGAGUUUUGUA